AGCCCAGGCGGUAGUUCGCGUUUUGAGCCGCUCGUGCCACCAUAGUUGCUGCUGCCGCUGCAGCCGCGGAGCUGAAAUCGCUGAGCGCGAUGCCGGAGGGCGCUGAGAGCCGGGCGGCCCCCGCGCCCCGGGGCUGGUGAGGCUGAGCCCGAGCGGGGGCGCUGGCGAGUAGCUGGGGCUUCUGAGGGAGCGGAAAGGGAAAGGUUUAGGGCUCCUGCGGCGGGCCGAGAGCGAGCUCAGGAGGGUCGUGGGUGGGGGAGGGAGGCUCCCGUGGCAGAACGGGGUGCAGGGCCACAACGAGCCCCGCCGCUCUGAGUGUCCCUGCGGCCGCCAGCGCAGGUGCUCAGGACCCCUUUGGGACUCCUCGGUGGCCUCGGCGGCCUCCUCCUUUGGACACUGCAGUUGCCAUGAGAAUAGUUGGGAAUUAACGGGAAUCAGACCAGCCACUAGCCCUUUUAGGGCCCAUCCCAUCCUUUCCGUUGAACGCCUCUGGCAGGUGUGGGACUGGCAUUUCCUCGCAGCUCGGGCUUUUUAACCCCCUUUUCAUGAGUCUGUCCUUAAGGCGUUGUGAGAAACCGCUCAGGGCUUGAAGGUGGGGAUGGGGCAAAGGGAGAGGGCAGUACCUAGAGGUAAGAGCUGUAGACACGGCUAGGAGGAAGGUAAGGUGGCCUCUGCCAUCUCAGGUCAGUGAAAGGGCAUACUGGAAGGUCCUGUGGAGUGGGAAAGCAGUGCCGCUGUUGAGACAAAUCCCAAGAUUGGGCCAGAAACUGUCCAGGGGCCUCAUCAUCAUGAUGGCUGUGGAAGGGUCAACCAUUACCAGCCGGAUCAAGAACCUUCUGCGAUCCCCAUCCAUCAAAUUACGCAGGAGUAAAGCAGGAAACCGGCGGGAGGACCUCAGCUCCAAGGUGACCUUGGAGAAGGUGCUUGGAAUAACAGUGUCUGGAGGCAGAGGACUUGCCUGUGACCCCCGAUCGGGUUUAGUUGCCUACCCAGCUGGAAACACGUUGAUGAAUGAUCUCUGUUGCUGGAUACCCUGUGCAGUCUGCCUCCGGGGAAUUCCACUCAUGCCUGCCUCGGCCUGGGAAAGCCAGGUUCCUUCUUGUUGGAGGUGCGUGGUCGUGCUCUUCAACCCCCGGAAACACAAACAGCACCACAUCCUCAACAGUUCCAGGAAAACCAUCACUGCCCUUGCCUUCUCCCCUGAUGGCAAGUACUUGGUCACUGGAGAGAGUGGGCACAUGCCUGCCGUGCGGGUUUGGGAUGUGGCGGAGCACAGCCAGGUGGCAGAGCUGCAGGAGCAUAAGUAUGGUGUGGCUUGUGUGGCCUUCUCCCCCAGCGCCAAGUACAUUGUCUCUGUGGGCUACCAGCAUGACAUGAUUGUCAACGUCUGGGCCUGGAAGAAAAACAUUGUGGUGGCCUCCAAUAAGGUGUCCAGUCGGGUCACCGCGGUGUCCUUCUCUGAAGACUGCAGCUACUUUGUCACUGCCGGCAACCGGCACAUCAAAUUCUGGUACCUUGAUGACAGCAAGACCUCAAAGGUGAACGCCACUGUGCCCCUGCUGGGCCGCUCAGGGCUGCUGGGGGAGCUGCGGAACAACCUGUUCACCGAUGUGGCCUGUGGCCGAGGGAAGAAGGCAGACAGCACUUUCUGCAUCACGUCCUCAGGGCUGCUGUGCGAGUUCAGUGACCGGAGGCUUUUGGAUAAGUGGGUGGAGCUGAGAACCACCCUGGCCCACUGCAUCUCUGUGAGCCAGGACUACAUCUUCUGUGGCUGUGCUGAUGGCACCGUGCGCCUCUUCAACCCCUCUAACCUGCACUUCCUCAGCACCCUGCCCCGGCCCCACGCCCUGGGGACAGACAUUGCCAGUGUCACGGAGGCCAGUCGCCUCUUCUCUGGAGUGGCCAGUGCCAGGUAUCCAGACACCAUUGCCUUGACCUUUGAUCCUACUAAUCAGUGGCUGUCUUGUGUCUACAACGACCACAGCAUUUAUGUUUGGGAUGUGAGGGACCCCAAGAAAGUGGGCAAGGUGUACUCGGCUCUGUAUCAUUCCUCCUGCGUCUGGAGUGUGGAGGUCUACCCCGAAGUGAAGGACACUAACCAGGCCUGCCUUCCCCCCAGUUCCUUUAUCACCUGUUCUUCCGACAACACAAUCCGCCUGUGGAACACAGAGAGCUCUGGGGUGCAUGGCUCCACCCUGCACCGAAACAUCCUCAGCAAUGACCUCAUUAAGAUCAUCUAUGUGGAUGGGAACACUCAGGCCCUGCUGGACACUGAGCUGCCCGGGGGAGACAAAGCUGAUGGGUCCCUGAUGGAUCCCCGAGUGGGCAUUCGUUCUGUGUGUAUCAGCCCCAACGGACAGCAUCUCGCUUCAGGGGACCGUGUGGGCACACUCAGGGUACAUGAGCUGCAGUCCCUAAAUGAGAUGCUGAAGGUGGAGGCCCAUGACUCGGAAAUUCUGUGCCUGGAGUACUCUAAGCCAGACACAGGUCUGAAGCUCCUAGCAUCAGCGAGCCGGGACCGGCUGAUCCACGUGUUGGAUGCUGGCCGGGAGUACAGCCUACAGCAGACGUUGGACGAGCACUCAUCCUCCAUCACUGCUGUCAAGUUUGCAGCCAGUGACGGGCAAGUCCGCAUGAUCAGCUGUGGAGCAGACAAGAGCAUCUACUUCCGCACUGCACAGAAGUCUGGAGAUGGAGUACAGUUUACACGGACACACCACGUGGUACGGAAGACGACCCUCUAUGACAUGGAUGUGGAGCCCAGCUGGAAGUACACAGCCAUCGGCUGCCAGGAUCGAAAUAUUCGGAUCUUCAACAUCAGCAGCGGGAAGCAGAAGAAGCUGUUUAAAGGGUCGCAGGGUGAGGACGGCACUCUGAUCAAGGUGCAGACAGACCCCUCAGGGAUCUACAUUGCUACCAGCUGUUCCGACAAGAGCCUCUCCAUUUUUGACUUCUCCUCAGGCGAGUGUGUGGCUACCAUGUUUGGCCACUCAGAGAUUGUCACUGGCAUGAAGUUCAGUAACGACUGCAAACACCUCAUCUCUGUGUCAGGGGACAGCUGCAUAUUCGUGUGGCGCCUGAGCUCUGAGAUGACCAUCAGCAUGAGGCAGCGUCUGGCCGAGCUGCGCCAGCGUCAGCGGGGGGGCAAGCAGCAAGGACCGUCCUCUCCCCAAAGGGCCGCUGGACCCAACCGGCGCGAGGCCCCAUCGAUGCUGUCUCCUGGACCAGCUCUGUCAUCAGACAGUGACAAGGAGGGAGAAGACGAGGGCACUGAAGAAGAAGAACUUCCGGCUCUGCCCAUCCUUGCCAAGGGUACCAAGAAAGAGCCAGCCUCAGUGCCCAACCCAGCCCUGCCCCGAAGCCUGUCCCACUGGGAGAUGAGUCGGGCACAGGAGACAGAGGAGUUCCCGGACCCGGCUCCUGCAGGCAGCCAGGGACCCAGAAGAAGGGGACGCUGGGCUCAGCCAGGCGUGGAGCUGAGUGUUCGCUCUAUGCUGGACCUGCGGCAGCUAGAGACACUGGCCCCCAGUCCUCGGGGCCCUAGCCAGGACUCUCUGGCCACGACCCCUUCAGGUCCUGGGAAGCAUGGUCAGCAGGCCCCUGAGACCUCACACGCUAGCCAGAAUGAAAAUCUCCCCCGGCCUCAGGCUUCUCAACCCUGUUCCUGUCCGCACAUUAUCCGAUUGUUGUCCCAAGAGGAAGGGGUCUUUGCCCAGGAUCUGGAGCCUGCACCCACUGCAGAUGGUAUUGUCUACCCGGAGCCGAGUGACAGCCCCACCCUGGAUACCAGUGAGUUCCAGGUGCAGGCACCAGCCCGGGGGACCGUGGGAAGAGUGUAUGCAAGCAGCAGAGGCUCAGAGAAGCACAGCCCCGACAGCGCCUGCUCCGUGGACUUCAGCAGCAGUCGCCUUUCCAGCCCUGAGCAUCCCAAUGAAGACUCGGAGAGCACGGAGCCCCUGAGCGUGGAUGGCAUCUCCUCAGACCUUGAAGAGCCAGCCGAGGGUGACGAGGAGGAGGAGGAAGAGGAGGGAGGCACUGGCCCCUAUGGGGUGCAGGAAGGCAACCCGCAUACCCCGGACCAGGAGCAGUUUCUAAAACAGCACUUUGAGACUCUGGCCAAUGGGGCUGCUCCAGGAGGCCCAGUCCGGGUGCCAGAGCGGACAGAGUCUCGGAGCAUCUCGUCACGAUUCCUGUUGCAAGUGCAGAGCCCCCCACUCAGGGAACCGUCUCCGUCUUCCUCAAGCCUGGCAACGACAUCAAGACUGGCCCAGGUGCCACAGGCUUCUAGUGAGCAGCUGAGAGGCAAUGGUGCCAGUCCUCCAGGAGCACCUCCGGAGGUGGGGCCUUCCCCUGGGAACCCUGGCCCCCAGCCCGCAGUCCCUGUGCUGUUGCCACGACGCCGUCUCAACCCGGACAGUAGCUGGGCCCCCAGGAGAGUGGCCACAGGCAGCUCCUCAGGUGGACUCCAGAAAGCUCAGUCGGUGCAGAGUCUGGUGGCACAGGACGAGACCCCCCCAGCAGGCCCAUCGCUCUUACAGGAGAUGGAGGCCCAGGGGCGCCUGCGUUCCCUGCCCCACGCGGAUAGUCGUCUGUCUCGGCCCCAGUCCUACCAGAACCCCACCACCAGUUCCAUGGCCAAGAUAUCCCGCAGCAUCUCUGUUGGGGAGAACCUGGGCCUGGCUGCCGAACCUCAAGCCCCUGCCCCAGUCCGCGUCUCGCCCCUCAGCAAGCUGGCCCUGCCCAGUCGGGCUCACCUGGUCCUGGAUAUCCCAAAGCCACUGCCUGAUCGUCCCACCCUGGCCACAUUCUCACCUGCUGCCAAGGGCCGGGCCCCUGGUGAGGCAGAACAGCCUGGCUCCCCAGCGGGCCUAGGAAAGGCUCACAGUACGUCUGAGAGGCGGGCCUGUUUGGGGGAGGGUGCCCCCCCCAAGCCUAGGACAGAGUGCCAGGCUCAGCCUGGGCCCACCAGUCCCCGUGCCCAGCGACUUCUGGUCAGCAGCCCCUUCCGAGGCCCUGAGGACUUGCAGCCCCCACCCCCUGAGAAGACUCCCGGCCCUGUGGAAUGCACCAGGCCAGGGGCAACCCUGAGCCGGGACUCAGAACCAGCAGUGAGCCUGGAGCAGUGCGAACAGCUUGUAGCAGAGCUCCAGGGCAGCGUGCGCCAGGCCGUGCGGCUCUACCACUUGGUGGCCAGCUGCAAGACACCCUCAGCAGAGCACAGUCGCAUCACCCAGCUCCUCAGAAGCACCUUCUCUUCAGUGCGGCAGGAGCUAGAGGCCCUGGCUGGGGCAGUGUUGUCCAGCCCGGGCGGGAGCCCUGGGGCCGUGGGGGCCGAGCAGACACAGGCGCUGCUGGAGCAGUACUCAGAGCUGCUGCUUCGAGCCGUGGAGCGGCGCAUGGAACGCAGACUUUGAGUUCCAGCAGCCUGUCCCAAG